AUGGCUGUACAAUGGAAAGACAUGAGCGAUGUCCAUGAUUUCGUUGCGAAUAUCCUCUGUGAGUUCAUCUGUGACAAAAAUAGUACCAAACUCUGGAUAAAAAAAUCGAACUUAAAUGUGAAGAAUCAUUUUCCUUCGCUUCUCCUGAGAUUGUUUGUUUUGAUUUGUCUUCUUCAUCUCAGCUCUGGCAAUGAGAAGUAUUUGCAGUUACUUCGCAAUUUGUUGGGGCAGAAAAACAUAACCACUCAAUUGCCGUUUGAUUUUUGCAAUUUUCUUCAAAAGGGAAAGAAACGUCUGGGUUUUAAAGUCUUUGCCGAGGCGUUUAAUGUAAUUGGCAACCCAUUGGUAAUUUCCAAGCUUAGGAACACUUCUUCCCAAAUCGCUUGUCCAGAUGCUGUGUUUGUGGAUUUAACAACAUGCAGAAAAAGAGAGCUCAUACUUGAAAUGUUAUUUCCUAGUAUAGUUGGCAAUGUGAAUGGGGACACCCAUGUAAAAUUUAUGUCAGAAACAUCUGUGAAAGUAAAUGAAAUCUCAAUAAAGGAAAUCCCUAUCAGUGGAUCUCCUCUAGAAUGCAAUGAACAGGGUGAUCCAUCUAAAACUUUUGAUAUCCCACAGAAUGUGAAAAUACAAACUGUUGAUGGUUUGGGAUCAAAGAGGUAUUCUGACCCAAAGUUGGAAUCAAGUUCAAAUGUUUCCACUCAGUUUCCUUCGGCAAAUGACCAUCUUCAAGUACAUCAAAACUUUCCAGUUGCUAUAAAUAUUAAACCUGUUCGUCCAAUCGUUGAUUCAAAGGUGUUAAACCAGAGUGCUUCACUGCAUUCACCUGUUUCCAUAUUGCAAGAUUCAGAUGAAGGCUCUAUUUCCGAACACGCGCCCACAACAAAUCAAUUCACCAUUGAGGAAGGUCUAAGGUUGCACAUUCCUCUCAAGACAGACAAUCAUGUCGUGUCUGACUUUGAGGGUGAACCAUCAAGCAUAAUUGCUUGUGCACUGUCCUUGUUGAAAGACUCAUCUGAGAUGUCGAAAAUUGAUGGUGAUGUGAAAGAAAGUGGGAUAACUUCAAAAUCUACAGAUUCUUUGCACGACUCUCUAGAUUCAGAUUCUGUGCAUUCUACUGGAAGCGUGUCUUCAGAAGAGUCACGAUCAUUUCGUGCUACAGAAGACCAUAGCAAAGAAUUCCGUGCACUUAGAAAUUGCUGUUGCCCAUCUGAGAUUGAUUAUAUUGCUUCUUUAAGCCGUUGUAUGAAUUGGGAUGCCAAAAGUGGAAAAAGCAAGUCCUUUUUUGCCAAAACACUUGAUGAGAGGUUCAUCGUAAAGGAAAUCAAGAAGACGAAACUUGAAGCAUUUUUGGGAUUCUCUUCUCUAUAUUUCAAACACAUGAGAGAGUCAUUUGAGUCUGGGAGCCAAACAUGUCUAGCAACAGUCUUGGGGAUAUAUCAGGUUACUAGAAGACAAAUUAAAAGUGGAAAAGAGGUUAAACAUGACCUCAUGGUGAUGGAAAAUCUUACCUACAAUCGAAAUAUUGUACGCCAGUAUGAUCUUAAAGGUGCUCUUUUUGAGCGAUAUACUUCUGAUGCUACUGGUGCUGAGGAUGUUCUUCUGGAUCAGAAUUUGUGGAAGACAUGA